ACAGAAUUGAAGUGUUAAAAUCAAACCUUAACAAAGUAUCGAUAUUACAUAAGGGUAGUAUGGUUUAGAAACCUAAGAACCCAGUCCUCUAAAGACUAAAUCCAAGUUCGAUGUCUACAAGUGAAGAUGGUGCAGGGCCAGAAACACCAAUAAUUGCCUCAAGCUUCACCUUUUGAUGGGGGCCAGCAAGGCAGCAAGUGGACGAAUUAUAGGUUGGUCGGUUCAGUGAUCAAUAAUCUCAUCGGUCAAAUUCGUAGGGAUCUGCAUCUGUGGGAAAUUCCAGGAAAUGAAAGCGAAAAAGCAGUUCACUCUCUUUCCUGUCCUGGGAAUAGCAAACAAACCCAGUACGGUAGGACAAAAUUUCACCCCUUUCACAUGUGAAAAAGCAAUCCACUCUCUUUCACACUCUCCCUGUUCAACUUUUUUGUUUUUCACAUUAUCAAUCUUAGCUAGCUCUUAAGGCCAAGGGAGAUUCAUCUAUCCAAAAGUCUUCUCGUCCUCGAUCUCCAAGGCACAAUACUCUGGGUCUGUAAUAGCUGAAGCUAAUGGAGUUUUAUCAGUAUGUCUUUGAGACGAUGAGGAUGAUUAUUGUGAUUAGUGCGGUAAUGGUGCAAUGGUUCGGUGGCAUAGCCUGCCUUAAGUGGAUAUGGAAGAAUUGGUUCAUUAUUGUGGUGAUUGUGACAUGGAACGUAAUAGCCAGUCUUGGGUGGAUAUGGAAGAGUAGGUUCAGUUACACCUUUGAAACCCCAGAGCAGAUAUCAGAGGGUAAUCAGGAACUGGUUGACGUCGUUGAAACCCCAGAGCCAAUAUCAGAGGAUCAUCAAGAACUGCUUGACGUCGUUGAAACCCCAGAUCCAAUAUCAGAGGAUCAUCAAGAACCGGUUGACGUCGACGCCUCUUCAUCAUCAGCUGAAUCACCAGCUCCUACGUGGAAGCAUGAUGUGUUUUUGAGCUUCAGGGGUGAAGAUACUCGUAAGAGCAUCACAUUCUCUUUAUACAAUCGACUGCAAAAAAGGAGAAUCAAAACAUUCAUGGAUGACCCAGAUCUUCAACGAGGGGAUGUUAUUUCUUCCGCUCUGCCAACGGCAAUUAAAGAAUCAAGGUUUGCAAUUGUUGUUCUCUCUCAAAACUAUGCCUCUUCCACUUGGUGUUUGGAGGAACUGAGACACAUUUGUGAAUGCAUGAAAGGAGACAACAAUAGAAUUCUACCACUUUUUUAUAAUGUGGAUCCUACUGAUGUAAGACGUCAGAAGAGCAGUUUCGGAGAUGCUUUAACUAAGCAUGAAAAUUCUAGGCGACACGGAGAGAAGGUGCAGCAGUGGAGAGAUGCUUUAACAAAGGUGGCAAAUUUCGCCGGGUGGCAUUCAGCGACAUUUAAAAAUGACGAAGAACUUUUGGUUCAAAUUGUGGAAGAGGUGUGCAAUAAAUUACGACCGACUGAACCUGUGUUAAAAGUGUCCCUCGGAGAUUUUGAAGAAUUUGCAGCAACAAAAGAAGCCAUUGAUAAGGUCAUGGAGGCGCUAAAAGAUGGUGAGGCCACUACCAUUGGAGUCUACGGCAUGGGGGGCGUUGGAAAGACAGCAAUGGUGAAACAUGUAGGUGUACAAGCCGAAGAAAAAAAGCUUUUUAAUAAAGCGAUUAUGGCUGCCGUAUCCCAACAACCCGACUUGAAGAAAAUUCAACAGGAAUUUGCAGAAACGCUGGGCUUGGAAUUCAAGGGGACGACGGAAAUUGUAAGAGCCCGAGAAUUGAAGGAGAAAAUAAUGAGAGAAACCGGGAUCCUCAUAAUCUUGGAUGACAUUUGGCAGACAAUAAAGUUUUCAGACAUUGGAAUUCCGAGCCACAAGGAACUUCAAACAUGCAAUUCCAAAGUCCUAAUGACCACCAGAAGUUUCAAAGUUUGCCAUUCCAUGGGGAGCCAUGCAAAAAUUCCUCUCAAUACCUUAUCAAAAGGAGAUUCUUGGCGCUUAUUUGUGAGGGAAGCGGGGAUUUCUUCUGACAAAUCUUCCAAUUUCUGUGAUGUAGCGAGUGAGGUGGCAAGAGAAUGCGCUGGUCUACCAAUGGCUUUGAUAGCAGUUGCGAGGGCCCUUCGAGGUGAAGGCUUGGAUGGAUGGAAGGAAGCUGCUCGACAACUAAAAGCGUCUCAACCUCCCAUCCCUGAAGAUGAGGGAGAUGUGUUCAAAUGCAUAAAGUUAAGCUAUGAUUACUUGAAAUCUAAUGAUUCCAAAUCAUGCUUCUUGCUUUGCUGCCUGUUCCCAGAAGAUUAUGAUAUCCCAAUUGAAUACUUGUUCAAGUAUGGAAUGUUUCAAGGUUCAAACUUGCUACGAGCCCGAGAGAGAACACAUUCAGUGGUGAAGGCCCUUAAAGAUUCUAGCUUGCUUUUAGACGGUAGAUAUGACGGACUUGUAAGGAUGCAUGAUGUCAUUCGGGAUAUGGCAAUGCGAAUUUCGUUAUCUGAAGGCCCGCGGUUCUGGGUGAUCAAAGAUGGCUAUGAAAUGAAGAAUUGGCCAAACUAUGCGAUCUCAAUAAAGCAUAACAGCAAGCUACCCAAAGAGUUGGUAUGUCCAAAUCUCCAGAUUUUAUUACUACAAGCCCGUUCUCUAAAGGAGAUCCCAAAAUAUUUUUUCGCAAGUCAAAAUGAAUUAAGAGUCUUGGAUCUUAGCUACAAUGAUAUUUCAUUACUACCCCAAUCAAUCAGUUUCCUAACCAACCUUCGAGCUUUGUAUUUAGAUCAUUGUAAGAACAUAACUGACAUUUCUGUAAUCGGAAAACUUCACAAGCUUGAGAUUCUUAAAAUGAAAUCAAAUGGUCUGAGAGAAUUGCCAAGAGAAAUAGGACAAUUGACCAAUCUAAGGAUGCUGGAUGUCAGUGUUAGUGAAAGUUUCUUUCCUAAAAUCUUUUCUAGAUACAGGGAUGGAUGUAUUAGCACAAUUCCAUCUAAAGUGAUAUCAAAGUUGCAUAAAUUAGAAGAACUGUACAUGCAAUACUGUGGAUUUUGGGGUUGGGGGAGUAAAAUUGAUGGAGAAGGAGAAGAAACUAAUAUUGGCUUUGAUGAAUUAGCUGGUUUAUCAUAUUUAAGCAUUUUGAAAGUUUGCAUAUCAGAUGCAAAUUGCAUCCCUAAACGUGUUAAGGUCCAACCGAAUUGGGAUUACUUUGAUAUUAAAAUUUCCAGCAGACAGAGGGACAAUAUGAAAUUACAAUCUGGUCAUAAUUGUAGAACCUUGAGUCUUGAUAGCACUGACACAACCAUAGGAACCUUUCCGGACUGGUUUGUCAACGCUGGGGUAAAGAAUACUGAGAGGCUACGUUAUGAAGAAUGCAAAAAUUUGAGUAACAUUCUUGUGGAAUAUGACCGUGGGAAGUUACAUGGACUGAAAUUUCUCUCUGUAAUUGGUCGGUGUGAUAAGUUGAAAGAAUUGAUGGAUGCAAAUCAUGCAAUAACAUGUGUUCCAGAUAUGCCUGUGUUUGAGAACUUAGAAGAGUUGUAUCUAGAAAACCUGGGUGACCUGAAGAAGUUAUGUGUUGGUGAGUUACCACCUGGAUCUCUCCGCAGUCUGAAAUUACUGGAGGUCAGUCGGUGUCCUAACUUGGGGAAUGUACUGUUGCCAUCAAAAUUGUUGCAGAAACUACCAAAUCUGGGAAAACUAAUCUGUGAGACAAUUGGAGUGGAAUAUGUGUUUGGAUGUGAAGGAUUUGAGCCAGAUCAAACAAAUCUGAGAGAGAUGGAGUUGAUGGAUCUAGACGCAGUAAUAAGCAUAUGUAAUGGUCCUGCUCCACGUGGAAUGUUCCAAGCUCUGAAGGAAUUGGUCAUUGACGGUUGCAACUUCCAGGGAAGCCUCUUCACAUUUGAUGUAGCUCAGUGUCUUUUUCAAUUGGAAGACCUUUAUGUAUCCCACUGCCGUGUCUUGGAAAGAGUAAUUGAAGCAAGGCGGGAAACAGUGAAUAGCAAGAAGACCGUUCUUCCAAAAUUGAAGAACUUAUGUUUGGUAUAUCUUCCAAAGUUGUACGAAGGAAGUGCUACUAUUGAUUUUGAGUGUCCUUCAUUAGAAAACUUGUGUCUAACGGGGUGCCCCCACUUGUCAUUCCCAUGCUCUGCUUCUGACUUCUUCCACAGCAGGAAGCAAGCCCUUUUCAAUGAUCCUCUUCUUGGGAAUCGGAUUCCCAAAUUGAUAGAGAAACAACUUCAGAAUAGUAUGAGACUGUGCCGAGGUUUGGAAGUCAUAUAUGCCGAGCCGUGAGUGAGGUCCCAUUCAAAGAAUAAGAUUGAUUGGAAUCAAACUAUGACAGAGUAAAGGCUUCAAUUCAAAGACUUUGCAUGAAGAGAAACAGUAAGAGGGUGACGUUUGUAUCUUCGCAGAAAGACAGUGGGGGUGGGAGAGGUAGAGAGUGAGGGGCUUCUUUGCUUCACACGGAGAAAGAGAAAGAGAGAGAGAGAGAGAGGGAACGAGUUCUGGUUGGAAUUCAAACAGGGACCUGAAUCGACGACUCUCGAGCCAACCACUCCGGAUUUUUCCUCAGCCAUCUGAAUUUCAGGGAUUUCAUCGUUCUCGAACUUCCGGCGAAGCCCCCGCACCACAGAAGCCGAAGAAAGAACCUACCGAUGAUGAAAAGAGAAGGAUGAAAAUAGUGGCCGGAAGCUUGAUGAAAGUAGUGAUCAGACCUGGUGGAGGUGGAUUCAACACCUGAAGAUGGUGAUCAGGUUGGGCUUACAUUACGCUUUCUGAAGCCAGUAUCGCAAUUUAACUGUGUAUAAAAGCAAAUGGUGGAAGCUAUUUGCAGUUCAUAUAUCAUUGCACUGUUAGAACAUUGCAUGGAGUUAUUGUUGAAUCUUCAAGAUCAGCAUUUGGUGCCAGUGAAUUGUACACACGGCUGAUAUACAAAACCCACAUGGCCAUACUACAGGGAGCUAGCCAACAGCUGCCAACGGGUUCCACCUUUCUUUACUCUGAAUUUUGUUUUAGGUAAAUGCUGCAGCAGAGGUUAUAUAUGAUCUUGUUGAUCCAACAGCAAAUUUAAUAUUUGGAGCAGUGACAGAUCCAUCACUCAGUGGUCAAGUUAGCAUCACUCUAAUUGCUACUGGAUUCAAACGCCAAGAAGAAAGUGAUGGGAGGCCACUCCAGGCACAAGGGGACAUUACCCUUGGAAUCAAUCGAGGACCUUCCUCCUUCUCAGAAGGCAGUUCAGUUGAGAUUCUCAAUUUCUUGAAGAAAGGACGCUCACGUUGUCCAAGAGUUUGAAAUGCUUCCUUUUUUAUUCCAAUGAGUGCCUUGUCUGAGGCCUCCCAGCCUCUUCGUUACCACAUCAGCAUCAGUCUGAGGGAUUUAAAAAUAGAAGCCAUUUAAAUCUCUGAAAAGCUUAAUCAAUUGAUGGGUAACAUUCAGCAAUUUUCUUGGUCCGUGAUUCUUGUGUCCUUCACGAGAGGGGGAAAAAAAAGCAACUGGUUCCUGUCUCUACAUGCCUUCAGACCUGGAGAUAUGAAUGAAUCCUUGAUGAAGAAUCUCAUCACAUAUCACCUGACAAUGGCUACCAAGCAAUCACUUUUUUACACACUAAACUAAUUAAGCUAAUAAUCCAAUGGAUGAAGAAGUACAAUCGCCUCUUCCUUCAAGACAAAGGCUCUUAGGUUAUUCGUCUUCUCACACGCUUUUCAAUCAAAGCCUAAAAAGCCCUUAGAGCAUCUCCAAUGGUUUUGUUAUUUGGCUUUGGUCAAAUUUGAAUUUGACAUAUGACAUGGCAAAUUUGA